AGUGCCUCCAUCAUUUUCUGUCUGGAAGACAGAUUCAGAGAGGAAGCUCAGAGCAACAGUUCAAGACAGGCAUUUCCUGUAGCCAAGUGGAUAAGAGCAGCCUGCAGCCAUGGGACAAGGCCUGGGGAUCAAGAGCUGUGACUUCCAGGCAGCAAGAAACAAUGCAGAGCACCACACCAAUGACAUCAGCUCCCAGCGCCUCAUUGUGAGGAGGGGGCAGCCCUUCACCAUCAGCCUGAACUUCUGGGCUCCAAUCCGCACAUUUUUGCAAACCCUGAAGAAGGUAGUCCUCAUUGCACAAACUGGAGAUCAGCCUUCCAAGGCCAACCGGACCCAAGCCACGUUCUCAAUUUCCAGUCUGGGGGACCGGAAGUGGUGGAGUGCAAUGGUGGAGGAGAGAGAUGACCAGUCCUGGACUAUCUCUGUGACCACACCCGCAGACGCUGUCAUUGGCCACUACUCACUCCUGCUGCAGGUUUCGGGCAGGCAGCAAUGCCUGGGCCAGUUCACGCUGCUCUUUAACCCCUGGGGUCGAGAGGAUGCUGUGUUCCUGGCGAAUGAAGCUCAACGCAGGGAGUACUUGCUGAACCAGAAUGGCCUCAUCUUCCUGGGCACGGCUGACUGCAUCCAGGCUGAGCCCUGGGACUUUGGCCAGUUCGAGGAGGAUGUCAUCGACCUCAGCCUGGACUUACUGAGCGUGGACAAGCGGGUGGAGAAGUGGGGCAACCCCGUGCAUGUGGCCCGUGUCUUGGGUGCAUUGCUGCACGCUCUCAAGGAGAAGAGUGUCCUGCCCACCCCGCAGAUCCAGACCACCGAGGAAAGGGCCUUGCUGAACAAGCGCCGGGGCAGCGCGCCCAUCCUGCGGCAGUGGGUCAAGGGCCGGGGGAGGCCCGUGUAUGACGGUCAGGCCUGGGUGUUGGCCGCCGUUGCUUGCACAGUGCUGCGAGGCCUGGGGAUCCCUGCCCGCGUCGUUACCACGUUCACCUCAGCCCAGGGCACUGGCGGGGGCCUGCUGGUAGAUGAGUACUACAAUGAGGAGGGGCUUCAGAAUGGAGAAGGCCACAGAGGCAGAAUCUGGAUCUUCCAGACUUCCACGGAGUGCUGGAUGGCCCGGCCUGCUCUGCCCCAGGGUUAUGACGGAUGGCAGAUUCUGUACCCAAGUGCUCCUAAUGGAGGUGGAGUCCUGGAGGCCUGUGAUCUGGUCCCAGUCAAAGCAGUCAAGGAGGGGACGCUGGGGCUGACCCCUGCAGUAUCAGACAUUUUUGCCUCGAUAAAUGCCUCAUGUGUGGUCUGGAAGUGCCAUGAGGAUGGGACACUGGAGCUGACCGACUCCAACACUAAGUAUGUUGGCAACAGCAUCAGCACCAAGGGUGUGGAUUGUGACCGCCGUGAGGACAUCACGCAGAACUACAAGUAUCCUGAAGGAUCUCUUCAAGAAAAAGAGGUGCUGGAGAAGGUCCAGGAAAACAGAAUGAAACAUGGGAAAGAUGAUGGCAUCCAUCCUCCCAGUCUUGAGACUGAUGAUCCUCUACAUUUCUUCUUGGAAGCACCCAGCUCCCUAGCCCUGGGAGGGGACGCCCGGUUCUCUGUGAACUUGUUAAACCCUAGUGACCAUGAGAAAGAAGUGCAGCUGGCCGUUGGGCUGCAGGCAGUGUACUACAAUGGUGUCCUUGCUGCCAAGCUCUGGACGAAGAAGCUUGUCCUUACACUCAGUGCCAACUCAGCUGAGAAAAUCUCCACCUUCCUGUCCUUCUCCAAUUUUAAACAAAACCCGCCAGAGAAUAGUUUCCUCAGACUCACCGCUAUGGCAACACACUGCAGCCCUACCUGCUUUGCUCAGCAAGACAUCGCCAUUUGCAGACCACACCUUGCCAUCGAGAUGCCAGAGACAGCAGAGCAGCAUCAGCCCCUUACGGCCUCAGUCAGCGUCCAUAACUCCUUAGAUGCUCCCAUGAAGGGCUGUGUGAUCUCCAUCUUCGGAAGGGGACUCAUUCACAGAGAGAAGAGCUACAGAUUAAGUUCGGUGCAGUCCGGAAACACCUUGCGCACCCAACUCGAGUUCACACCAAUGCAGGUGGGGCUCCAGAGGCUCACUGUGGAAAUGGAUUGCAACAUGUUCCAGAACCUAACCAACUUCAGAAGUGUCACUGUGGUAGCCCCUGAAACUCCAGCUUAAACUUCCAGCUCCAGCAUCACUCUCCCCAACCACCCCUUGAAUCUACAAUCUAAAACCGAAUGUGCUGGGAAGAGAAACUCUGCUUAUCAGACGAGUGGAUCUCUGUUCAGGUUGAGCAGGUGACCAAGAACAAAACCAGAUUCCCAGAAAUCAACAGAAAAGACAUUCAUUCAUUUCUGUCACCCCCAGCUCAA